GCCAUUUGGUUUUCUGCAAGAAGGAGAGAGAAUGACAAUGGAGGUGGAAGGUAAGACCCCGCAAUCACAAUUUCCUGACAAAGUUCAACCUGCAAAGAAUGUAGAAGAAGAGGAAGUGGAUGACAAUCCCAUUGAGGAAGUCAGGCUGACUGUUCCAAUCACAGAUGACCCGACAGAGUCAGCCUUAACAUUCCGGACAUGGGUUCUGGGGCUUAUAUCUUGCUGCAUUCUUGCUUUUGUCAACCAGUUCUUUGCCUAUCGUCAGAAUCAGCUCUCUAUCUCAUCAAUAUCUGCACAAAUCGUUGUUCUCCCUAUAGGGAAGUUGAUGGCUGCAACUCUUCCGAAAAAAGAAAUUCGAGUUCCAUUCACCAAGUGGUCGUUCUCAUUGAAUCCAGGGCCAUUCACUUUGAAAGAACAUGCGUUGAUCACUAUAUUUGCCAACUGUGGAGCUGGGGGUGUUUAUGCAGUAAAUAUCAUCACAAUUGUCAAGGCCUUCUACCACAGAUCAUUGCAUCCAGUUGCAGCCAUGUUGCUAGCACAAACUACACAGCUGCUCGGAUACGGAUGGGCUGGCUUGUUCAGAAAAUUCCUAGUCGAUUCCCCUUACAUGUGGUGGCCAGCAAACCUGGUUCAAGUUUCUUUAUUCAGGGCGCUGCAUGAGAAGGAAAAGAGAACAAAGGGGGGGCAUACAAGGCUACAAUUCUUCAUCAUUAUUUUCAUAUCAAGCUUUGCUUACUACAUCGUACCAGGCUACCUUUUCCAAUCAAUAUCAGCUGUGUCCUUUGUUUGCUGGAUUUGGAAGGAUUCAAUCGUAGUCCAGCAGAUAGGUUCAGGCCUAAACGGCUUUGGCAUUGGCUCUUUUGGUCUUGAUUGGUCUACAGUUGCAGCCUUCCUGGGAAGUCCUCUUGCGACACCCUUAUUUGCCAUAAUCAACAUCUUGUUUGGGUUCAUAUUGUUCCUCUAUGUUCUUACUCCCAUUGCUUACUGGUCAAACUCAUUCCAAGCCAGACGAUUUCCCUUGAUUUCUUCUCAUACCUUUGAUGCUGCUGGUCAGACUUACAACAUUACUCGGAUUCUGAAUCAGAAAACUUUUGACAUCAAUCUACCGGAGUAUAACAAUUACAGUAAACUCUAUCUGUCUGUCACGUUUGCUUUCCUAUAUGGAUUGAGCUUUGCAACUCUCAUGGCUACCAUUUCCCAUGUCGCCCUGUUUGAGGGAAAAACAAUCUGGAAAUUGUGGAAAAAGACAACAUAUGCGGUGAAAGAUAAUCUUACAGAUGUGCACACAAGGCUGAUGAAGAAGAAUUAUGAGGCAGUCCCCCAAUGGUGGUUUCAUAUUAUCUUAAUCUCAAUCAUGGUCCUUUCCAUCAUUGCCUGUGAAGGUUUUGGCAAACAGCUUCAACUCCCCUGGUGGGGAGUUUUGCUGGCCUGCGCAAUUGCCCUGUUUUUCACCUUACCAAUCGGAAUAAUCCAAGCCACAACGAACAUGCAACCAGGGUUGAAUGUGAUUACAGAGUUGGUUAUCGGGUACAUGUACCCUGGCAAGCCUCUUGCCAAUGUUGCUUUCAAGACGUAUGGCUAUAUCAGUAUGGUACAAGCUCUCAACUUGGUUGGGGAUUUCAAACUAGGUCAUUACAUGAAGAUCCCUCCGAAAUCGAUGUUCAUUGUCCAGCUGGUCGGAACAGUAGUUGCUUCGAGUUGCUACUUUGGAACAGCAUGGUGGCUUCUGUCGAGUAUCGAGCACAUAUGUGAUCCUGCUUUGCUACCAGAGGGGAGUCCGUGGACAUGCCCUGGUGACGACGUGUUCUACAAUGCUUCAAUCAUUUGGGGGGUUGUAGGCCCUCUCAGAAUGUUCUCAAAGUAUGGCAACUACCCGCAGAUGAACUGGUUCUUCUUGAUCGGCUUGCUUGCCCCUGUUCCAGUAUGGUGGUUAUCACGCAAGUUCCCAGAGAAGAAAUGGAUAAGGCUGAUACAUAUGCCGAUGAUCCUUGGAGCUACACAGGGCAUGCCACCAGCUAAAGCUGUGCACUAUAUCUGCUGGGGAACCGUCGGAAUAUUCUUCAACUGGUAUGUUUAUAACAGGUACAAGCGAUGGUGGGGUAAACAUACCUAUAUCUUAUCUGCUGCUUUGGAUGCCGGCGUUGCCUUCAUGGGAGUACUUCUUUACUUCACCCUUCAGUCCCAUGAUAUUGUCGGACCAGAAUGGUGGGGACUGGACGCCACCGACCAUUGCCCAUUGGCACGUUGUCCCACAGCAAAAGGGAUUAUGUCUAAAGGAUGUCCUGUUCUUUGAAACUCAUUGCCACAAAGGGCC